AUGGCAUCACCAGCAGCAACAUACUCCUCCCCAGCCCUCUCCACACCCCACACCAUAACCAGCACGCCCUCUCUCCCCACCACCACAGCCAAACCUAGCACAUCCGACCGAACAGCCUACCUCGCAACCCUCACAAACUCAAUAACAGACCUCCAAGCCAACAUGGAGGAAGACAAAGCGGCCGCCGGAGGUGCUGCAGCUUCGAAGGCUAUUGACGAUGAGAAGGAGGAGGAGAAUUACGGGGAGGAGGUCGUUGAGGAGGACUGA